ACAUGUUGAUAUUUUUGGUUAUUUUGUGAUUAUUUAAUGCCAAGGCGACCUGAGAGAGUGCCAGGGCGAGGACGAGUGCCUUGGGGAAGUGCCGGGAAGAUGAAGCUGUUGAUAAGGCACCGUGGAAUAAGUUUACAGGUAGACGGUGAGAGACAGUGAGGCAGAGCGGCGGGGAGAACGUUUCUAGGCCCGCCUUGGUCAGUCUAUAACGAACCUUGGGAGAGAGAGAGGGUGUUGCGCGCUGCCCUCCUGACGCCCUCGCACGUUCCCCUCACCCCCUCCCUUCAAGUAGCUCCACCACGUUCUCCCUGCUACUAUCACAUCCUCAUAGCCAUGCGGUGGCUCACACAUCCCGUGGCCAUCGCCUUGGCCGCCACAACCUUCUCCAUUAUUUUUACGAAGACUUCAGCUAACGCGGUGUUCGAGCUGAGACUGAAGCAUUUUGUGAAUUCCUACGGGAGGGACAUUGAAGGACACUGCUGCAGCGGGUUCCGGGACAACCAAGGGCGGUGUACUGAAGGAUGCAACACCAAAUUCCGAGUGUGUUUGAAGGUGUACCAGGAUAUUAUUGACCCUAACUCGCCGUGCACGUUUGGAGAAGCUACCACGCCGAUCUUGGGAAAUGAUGUUGACUUCUCGAAAUUAGCGCAAGAUGAAAAUAGCUUUGAAAAUCCAGUGCGAUUCAUGCUUGCUUCCUGGCAGGGCACAUUCUCCCUCAUCAUUGAAGCCUGGCACGACGAUGGAGUCAAUGCUACCACUAACUAUGUCGGCCCCGUUCUUAUCACAAGGCUCAUGACGCAGCGCUCUCUGGACUUGGGCGAGACUUGGAACGAAGACGACCACCGCACGGACCACGCCUCGCUGAGCUACGCGUACAGAGUGGUGUGUCAGGAGCAUUACUAUGGCGAGGGAUGCAGGAAGAGUUGCCGGCCCAGAGAUGACAGUUUCGGCCACUACCUGUGCAAUGCUACUGGUGACCUCGUCUGCAUGGAAGGAUGGAAGGGCAUUGAAGGCUACUGUGUUGAUCCAAUCUGUCGCGAGGGAUGUAGCACCACUUCCGGCAAAUGCCACAAGCCCAACGAGUGCAUUUGCCUGAACGGGUGGCAGGGGCCUAACUGUGACCAGUGCAAGAAGUACCCCGGGUGUCUGCACGGGAGCUGCGACAUGCCGUGGCAGUGCAACUGUGACGAGGGUUGGGGCGGCCUGUUCUGCAACCAGGACCUCCACUACUGCACCAACCACCGACCCUGCAAGAACGGCGCCACCUGCUUCAACACGGCGCCCGGCUCCUAUUCCUGCGAGUGUCCGCCGGGCUUCUCCGGCACCAACUGUGAGAUCAUCAACGACACGUGCGCCACCACGCCCUGCAGGAACGGCGGCACGUGCCUCGACACGGGCGACGACAACUUCGUGUGCCAGUGUCCCUCGGGCUACACGGGCCAGUACUGCCAGAUCUCCGGCCAGUCCUGCGCGGACCGCCCCUGCCAGCACGGCGCCACCUGCACGGACACCAACACGGGCUACCACUGCCUCUGCCGCGCCGGAUUCGAAGGAACAAAUUGCGAGCGUGCCGUGAACGAGUGUGCCUCGGACCCGUGCCUCAACGGCGGCUCGUGCGUGGACGAGCACGACGGCUUCCAGUGCGUGUGUCCCGUGGGCUACACCGGCCCGCGCUGCCAGACCAACAUUGACGACUGUGCCCACCGCCCCUGCCUCAACGGCGGCACGUGCGUCGACGCCCUCGACUCGUACGUGUGCCGCUGCGUGCCGGGCUUCGUGGGCAAGCUGUGCCAGACCAAUGUGGAUGACUGCCGCGGCAAGCCCUGCGCUAACGGCGGCCUGUGUCUCGAUCGCGUCAACGACUUCCAGUGCCAGUGCCAGGCCGGCUGGGGCGGCAGGCAGUGCACGGAGCGCGUGUCCGUGCCGCCUUCACCCUGCGCCUCGGGACCUUGCAAGAACGGCGGUUACUGCCAGGAGGCGGCGGAGUUGGCGGCGGGCUACCGCUGCUCCUGCCCCCACGGCGUGGGCGGGCCACAGUGCACCAUCGCCACGGUUGUGGCGGGCGGCGUGGCGCGACCCAGCCCUGAGGCGGAGGCCAUGUCGGCGGGCCAGGUGGUGCUGGUGGUGGUGUUCAGCACCGCCGUGCCCGUGCUGGUGGUGGUGUCGGUGUUGGUGAUCGUGUGCAUGAAGCGGAAGCGCGUGCGUGACCGCGCACGUCAGGACGAGGAGGCGCGGCGUCAGAACGAGCAGAACAUGGUGCACAACGCCGUGAACGCCAUCAACAACAAGUGUCUGGAGGACCACAUGAUCUUCAACUCCCUCGACUUCCCCAUCAAGAAACCCCUCAACACCGCGCCGCCGCCCCCCGCCCCCCUGCACCACCCACACCACGCCCACCACCACCACCACCACCUCCACCACCAUGACCACGACUACAAGAAGUCCGCGGAGAACGCCUACUCCGCCGUGCCCACGCGCAGCAGCAAGACGCUCAACACGGACGUGUCGCGCCUCUCGCUGGCUGACCGCCUCGAGAAGGACUUCGAGGCCCCGACCAGCGCCCGCGCCACGCCCACCUCGGACUUCGGCGCUCCAUGCAAGGUGUUCCCGGAGCCCUUCCUGCCGCGCACCCACAGCCACAGUGAAGUGUACAGCAAACGAGGCGGCAUUGGUGGCAGUGGUGGUGGAGGCUGCAGUAGUAGUGGAGGUGGGGGGGUGGCGGGAGGGAGCGGAGGGGUGGGAGGAGGCGGCAAUGACAUCCACACCUCCACCAACACCCUCACCUCCACCUUCACCCCUUCCACGUGCACCACCCCUUCCAGUGUCUUUGUCAUAGAGGAAAACGAUGAAAACUACAUCGCUACGGAGGUUUAGUGCCAGAACAGUGCCAAGUGGGUGGGGAGAGUGCCAGUGAUAUGGACGCUAGUGAUAUACGCCUCUCCCCCACCAACCCCCCCCACCCCCCUAAACCCCAUCCCACGACCCCCAAAGCCCACCAAGCCAAGCCAAGUCAACUCAACUCAACUUAAGCCAGUUUCCUUCAUUUGGGGAUAUGUGGGUUUGUGAUUGACCGUUUUCUCUCUCUCUCUCUCUCUCUCUCUCUCUCUCUCUCUCUCUCUCUCUCUCUCUCGUAUAGAUGAAACAUUUCAGUAUUAUAUCUCAUCUUCCUCUUCCUUUUUCCUCCUCUUCCUCCUCCUCCGUGUCACAUAACCCUUCCCCUCCCUCUCCCUCUCCCUCUCCCUCUCCUUCCUCCCCCCCUCUACUACUCACCCCCACCAACUCAAUAAUAAAAAGAAAAAAAAUAUGAAAAAAUAAGAAGUGACUUUCAAAUUUCACUUCCUUAAGUCCUAAAUGCAUCCAAAGAAAGUAAAUAAUUAUCUUUUUUUUUCUCUAUCUCUAUCUCUCUUUUUUUUCUCUCUCUCUUUUUUGCAUAAUUUUUUAAGUAUUGUGAAUGUUUCUAUUUAUUUAUUGUUAGAUGUUAAUUUUUUUUUUUUUUCUUCUUCUAUUAUUAAGAAUUCAUCCCGCGAGUGUUCUGGUAUGGAGAGGUGAGAGAGAGAGAGAGAGAGAGAGGAGGGAGGAGGG